GCAGCGGCGGGCUGGGUCUCGGCGGCGGCGGGUUCCGCGGCGGCGGGCAGCCCUCGCUGGCAGACUUCCAGCCGCCGUACUUCCCGCCGCCCUUCGCGCCGGCGCCGCACCCCGCCAGCCCGCAUCAUCAGCAACAGCAGAGCCAUGGCAUGGAGUACAGCGGCGGCGGCGGCGAGUACGCGCAGCACUACGCGCCCCAGCAGCUGCUGCCGCGCCACCACGCGCACCACGAGCCGCACGCGCACCUGCGCCACCACCGCGACCACCACGACGUGCAUGCACACCACUUAUCGCACGGCGGAUUCAGCUAUGGCGGCGGCGAGCGGCGCGCGGACUACGGCACGAGGGAGCAGCACGAGCUGGCGCUGCACCACGCGCUGCACUCCGCCGAGGAGACGCCGAAUGCUGGCAUGGAUGACACUACCGGGUUCAUGACGGACCUUCCUCUAUUAAAAACUAUGAAAGGUCGCGACGGUCUGGGCGGCACGGGUUCCUGUGCACCAAACGACGUGUUCUGCUCAGUUCCGGGACGACUCUCACUGCUGUCCUCGACCAGCAAGUACAAGGUCACCGUGGCAGAGGUCCAGAGGAGACUGUCGCCCCCGGAGUGCCUGAACGCGUCGCUUCUCGGUGGAGUGUUGCGAAGAGCAAAGAGCAAAAAUGGCGGGCGAUUACUGCGUGAAAAAUUGGAAAAGAUUGGCCUAAACCUGCCGGCAGGGCGACGGAAAGCUGCCAACGUUACGCUGCUAACCUCGUUAGUAGAAGCUGAAGCAGUACACUUGGCCCGCGACUUCGGCUACGUGUGCGAGACCGAGUUCCCUGCGCGUGCGCUGGCCGAGUACCUCGCGCGGCAGUACGCCGAACACGACGCCAGGCGCCGGAGGGAUCUGCUGCAGGCAACUAAGCAGGUGAUCAAGGAGCUGAUGGACCUGCUGAACCAGGACCGCUCCCCGCUGUGCAACACGCGGCCGCCGCACCUGCUGGAGCCCGCCAUCCAGCGCCACCUCACGCACUUCUCACUCAUCUCACACGGCUUCGGCGGACCCGCUAUAGUCGCCGCCUUGACUGCUAUACAGAAUUUCCUAAACGAGUCUUUAAAGCAUUUAGACAAGUUAUAUCCUCAAAGUGGAAUGGUGUCAUCAUCAAUGGACAAAACAAAGAUGGACCCCGACAUCAAGAAGUAACGCUUGCGGCACGACGGUGACGUCGGCCCCUGCAGCAACACAACACGCGCAACGAAAACAUACUUCAUGCGCAAACUGUGCAACGAGAACGAGGCUAAGGUGACAACCGUUCAGCCAAGUUUAUGAUUACAUGAAACUGCCAUACAAUGUGCGUAUGAACGAAUGCAUGGAGAUUGCGUAUUUAUUUUUAUGAUGAUCUUCGAUCGAGGCGACCCGCAUACAAAUAAAGUGCAAUUAUAAUACUCAUGAUUGUGAGAUACCUGUAAAUAUAGUCUAGAGUAAACAUUUAGUAUUAAUUUAAGCAUUUAUAGCGGAUAAAUUUCAGCUCAACCAGUGAUUUUUGUAAUUUCAAAAUAAUAUUUUUUAAUAAAAAUAAUAUAUUUCACAUCCACCGCAAUAACGACACAUAUCAAUGAUGUAAAUAGUAAUAUUACAAAAGUUCGUAUCAUUUUUGCCCAAAAGUUGUCAACCUGUUUUUAGAUAAAAAGAAAUAAAACCUCUUUAGUUGUUAAUUAGGUUAGUUUUGCUAGUGACUCAAUGUGAAAGUGUGCCAAUUAGUUUUAAUUGUGGUAACACCUUAACGGGUUCCCAAAUUUAAGUAUUUAAUUAAUAUUUAUUGUGGCUUGUACAUAAUACUCAUAAAAUUACUAUUCACUUGCCUAAUGUUUAGUUUUUUCUAAAAUUAUUCUAGUAUUCGGACAUCUAUCUAUUACUCCGGUCUUAUGGUUAAGCAACAUUGUUCUUUGUUUAAAUACUUUUAAAUUUUAAUUCGUGAUAUUGUCAUUCUUUUUUCAAUUACCAACAUGCAGAAAAAAUAUGUCACAAAUAUUAUCAAGUCAACAGUUUGCAAGGUGCAAUUGGUGCCAAACAUGACUUAAUUGAUAAAUAAUAAAUCAAAACUUGUAACAAAAGCGUAAAUACUUUAGUAUUUCGAAUACUUUGAAAUACAACAGUAUAUUUUAGACAAAGAUUUAAAUAACAUGAUGACAAUAGAAUGAAAUGUGGAAACCUUACUAUUGUGCCAACGCAUGGCUGUUUCGAAUUACGAAUUAAUUAAUACUUUGUAAAUAUCUAAGCUAUUUAAGCCCUACUUUUAAAAAUUAAAGUGUAAAGUCCUAUUUUUACCUCAUUUUGUAUUAUUUUACAGUCUUGAUAAUACUCUAUUAUCGGGUUAUUCAAUUAAAAUUGAUGAAAAAAUUGACUAACUUAUUGAUACAGUUUCAAUCUCUGUUAACCUGUUGGGAGGCCUGCCACCACAUCUUAAAUAAGAGUGUUGUAGUUGUGGAAGAAAGAUGCCGCUCUACGCCGCUGAGUGCGCUGUCUCACUCCCACAACGAUUUUACUUUAAAAGCAGGUAUCAGGUCCGGCCAGAAAAUAUCACUUCUGAUCGCAAUAGUAUUUUUUUAUAAUUACCCAUUGCAACACUACUUUGAAUGCCAGCACUACUGGGCCCCGAUUAUGCUAUUAACAAUGGUCGAUGAAUGAAUGGCAAUUGGAUUA